AGAGAGAGAGAGAGAGAGAGAGUAAAUGGACAGGGUCUGUACAAGCAUGUCUUCUACAUUUACUUGCGGGCAUUGAAAGAGAGGCAGAGAAGGGAAGAAAUGCCCAAGCAAGCCUUAUUUUCAGGCACAGAAUGAGCCUUAGUUGAGACAGAUCGAACGAUUGCCGAGACCAGGGCCAGCAAGCGUGUGUAGGCUUCAGAGCAGCACUGUGCCCUUGCAUCGUCCAGUCUCUUGUAUGGGGAUUAUUGAUCGUGUCUGCUGAUUCCAGCAGCGUGGUCCUGUUCACUUUUGUAUCACGCUGCUAAGGAAGAGGGGACCAGCAAUUCUGGGGCACCGCUAGCCAUGCCAGGCAGGAAGUCAGAGCCAUCUACAGCUCCAGCCAAUCAGAGCCUGCGUUAGUCAGCUGUCCGAUCUGAGCGGAGGAUGGCAGUGGCACCGUUUGUUAGCGAGGGGAAGUGCGUUAGCGUAGAGUGGGACUUCUUGCAGGGGCUGCUGGUCAAAAACCCGCCCGUUCCGUGCCUGCAGUCUCUGCGCAAGGAGAAAUCGCGGAACGCCGCUCGCUCACGCCGGGGAAAGGAGAAUUUCGAGUUCUUCGAAUUGGCCAAGAUGCUGCCCCUGCCGGGCGCCAUCACCAGCCAACUGGACAAGGCCUCCGUCAUCCGACUGAGCAUCAGCUACCUGCGCAUAAGAGACUUCUGCAGGCAAGGAGAGCCACCUUGGAGUCCCCUGCUGGAGGGAGGACCACACAACAAGGCUAUGGGGAGGACGCGGAUGUCACCGGCCACUGAUCUCUUCGAGCAUCACCUGGGGGGACACCUGCUACAGUCGCUAGAUGGCUUCGCCUUUGUGGUCAGUCACGAGGGAAGAUUUCUCUACAUCUCUGAGACGGUGUCCAUCUACCUUGGUCUCUCACAGGUGGAGCUAACAGGCAGCAGUGUCUUUGACUACAUCCACCCCGCAGACCAUGUGGAGAUGGCUGAUCGGCUAGGAAUGAGGGCGCACCGCAGGGGUGUGUCCCAGGCAACCAAUGAGAACACAUCCAGCUCGGCAUCCACCUCUUCAUUGGCUGAGACGCCAGAGCCAGAAGUCCCCAGCCCCCUCCCCCCAGAGGACUCUCCCUAUCGCAGCUUCUUCAUCCGGAUGAAAUCCACCCUCACAAAGCGGGGGCUGCACAUCAAGUCAUCCGGAUACAAGGUGAUUCAUGUGACAGGCAGGAUUCGUUGUCAGUCCACCCACAGCUCCACCCCCUCAGUGCAGCGUGAGCUGGGGUUGGUGGCACUGGCUCACACGCUCCCGCCUUCCACUCUCAAUGAAGUGCGCAUGGAGAGUCACAUGUUUGUCUUCCGGGUCAACAUGGAUCUGCAGGUCAUCUACUGUGAGAACAGGAUCGCGGAGUACAUGGAUCUGAGCCCGACAGAGGUGAUUGGGCAGAGCUGCUACCACUUCAUUCACGUGGAGGACGUGGACUCAAUCCGACAGAGCCACGAGGACUUGCUAGUGAAGGGUCAGGUGGUGACUGGGUAUUAUCGUUGGCUCCAGCGGCGCGGUGGGUUCCUGUGGAUCCAGUCCUGUGCCACCAUCUCCUUCAACCACAAGUCCCCCCAAGACAGGAACAUCAUCUGGGUCAACUACGUGCUUAGCCGGCCGGAGCUCCUGGACACUCCCCUGGAUCUCCAGCAGCUGCCCGAGUCCUCUCGCCCAUCCAGAGAGGCCCAGGCAACAGAUGACUGCCCACAAGAUGCAAAGGGUAAAGACACUGCAACUCCCCAGAGCUUGGACAGCGGCAAUGCAUCAAAGUUAAGACUUGAGUACCCCCGAGAGAGCCAUUCCGAGGAGAGGAGGAAGAGGAGCCGGCAGUGCGUCUCUGUGGAAGGUCCCCCAGAAACAAGGGCUAAGGGGAACCGGAGCCCUUUGUCCUCCGAACUGGAAAGUGAAAGUGAGAGUGGGAGGCAGGCAGAACCUGUGUCCAAGCACAUCAAAGUGGAAGAGAGGCGACUGGAGUCUGGCGGCAGUGAGGAGGAGGAGGAGGAGGAAGAGGAGGAGGAGGAGGAGGAGGAAGGGAGGACCCCGAAUGGGUGUGCAGUGAUCCAGCACAGGAAAUGCCCUUCCACAUCUUCCUUCUCAGAACCCGAGAUCAAAACGGAGCAAACUGGGAGUGGUGUCACUUCAGGAAUCUGGGGGUUCCAUUCUCUCCCUUGCAUUCCAGUUGACACUCAUACCCCUGGGCCUGAAAAUGGGCACUCGCAUGGGAACGGCUCUCAGAUCUGCAUUCCUGAAUCCGUCCUGACCCCCCCUGGAGGAGAGGCCCCUCCUAAAGCCUUGUUCACCCCCUCUGUGGAAGCUCUCUCCCCACCGCUCUCCGGUUCUCCUCUCUCCCGGGAGGAAAGACUAUUUCCCGCUCCCUCUACACCCGAUUUCGAACUUCUGCAGAGGCUGGGGUUCGGGGGAGGAGUUAGUGGCCUGGGAGGGAUCAGUCGGGUGGUCCUCCCUUUGCCUCGGUCUAUGGGAGGCCCCACCCCUCACAGCCUGUAUGCCCCAAGCACAAUCCGCUAUGCCCCAGCUGAGCUCCACCUGCCCCAGGCUGGGGCCCAUCACCAGCUCCACUCCUUGAACUCCCCAGACCUCCAGGCAGAUCCCAAGCCGCUGUUCCCCCACCUCCAGAGGCUUAGUGGGUUGCCUCCUUUCAGUGGCUUCCAUGCCCUGGACACCCCCUUCUCAGCUCUGUCCUUCAUCAACGGGCUCCGUGGUCCUGCAACUGAUAAAGACGAAGACUGACCGUCUUCUGCCAUUAAGACUUCUACUGGGAUUGUAGCCAGGGCAACUGGGUUAAAUCCCCUCGCUCUUCUCCGAAAUAAGGCCAUAUGAUAGGAUAUUGACCAUAAUGCAGGCAAGACCCCCCCCCCCCCCCCCCCCCCUUCCACUGCCACUACAAAAAUAGAGACCAACUAAACAGCAAUGGCUAAUGAAAUGUAUUGGUCACAGAGCACCAAGAUUGGUUACACUGGUCUACAAUGUAUGCACAUGUGUGUAGUCAUGUGAUCCACUAGACCCAAGUUGUGUGAAACUCUUCAGCAACGAUCAUGGGAAGCAAGCGGUGACUUCACAAAGGGAACGGUAGCGAAGGCUUAUGCUUCACAAGUGGGUCUGAUGAAUCAAGCCUGCAGACAGGUGCCGUGUAUUGUGACAAGCAACAGCUACAGUGGCCACGCAUGCUUCCACUUCAACAGUAUGGCAGGGGCAUUGUGUUCCUAACCACGAUUAAGACCGUACUGUAAUUAUUUUUGGCUAGUCUGUGUAGUUGCCACCAUAACAGCUUAGUGUCAGUAUAAGCCUUUUUCUUUGGAUCAUGCAAUUCACAGAGAUGGAGCAUCACGGCAUCUGGAUUAGCGAUGGAAUGACUGUCUAUGAAAACCACAUGGAAAUCGCAGGCCAAAUGAAAAAUAUACAACUUUGAAGAAAUUUUAGCCAUAACAUGUUUUUUUUUUUAAUGCACAGUCCUAUGGAGAUCCACUGUGGUAGCGGUAGGGGCUUUGAUGGGGUCAUAUUGUACAGAAUAUUUGUGUGGGUAUAUAUGCAGUAUGAAUGAAAAUGUUGAUUAAUUGUACCCUACCGGUACUGUGAAAAAAGAAAAGGAAACUUGUAGCACUUGUAAAGAACUGUCUGUAUCUCUUUGUUAAUUGUAUAAUGAGGUCUUAAUUCAAUUGUCACAACACGUGUAUAUAUAUAUAUAGAACAUUGUGCUUUUAAUUAAAUAUGACUCUACAUAGCAUUGUGCUUUUUAUGGUAGUGAGAACACAAUAGGAUGAGACCUGCUUCUGUUCAUCUCCAAUUAGAGGACAUCAGAGUAGUGGAAUUUCACGCCGGCUAUGAAGCUCAACACCUAGGAAAAGGAGCUUUGUCAUCACUGGGGGUAGGAAAACACCAAGAAAUUGAUCAUUUUUAUGUUCUUAUUUUCUAUCGUGGCACCUGAAGGACUGUUACAUUUAAACUGAACUUUAAAGUUGUCAUAACAUUAAAGUUUAAAAAGAACAUUUUAAUAACAGGUUGCUCCAAAGAAUGACAAAGAGCCUGUCCUGAAAGGAGGACAAUGGCACAUAAUUUAAUUCUCAGUGGUUAUUCUGCAAGCCUAUUCUGAGAUGGAACGAUUACACAGUAACUUGUGGUGUGAAAAUGGUUUUGUUUUGUAGUGCGAUCUGUUUUAUGUUUUGUCAUUUUUUUUCUUCUUUAGAACAAAAAUGUAAGAGGAUGAAUCUUUUCGUAACUUUUUUUCACUUCUCUAUACCCUACAUGCAGUGAACAGUAGGAAAAGGAGCUUGUUUUUAACCAGCUCUAACCUUGUACUUUGACAAGACUUGCUGAAUUUUUAAAGGGUGUCUCUGUUCCGCCUCUCAGCAUCCUAAAAACAGGUACAGCUUAUUCAGUAUCUGCUCCAGUGAUUGCUACCAAACUAGAAUAUAGAAAUAUCCACUAAUCACAAUUAAGUAUUAUUCCCCCUACUGUAUGCAAAUGUUCUGGUAACACUUUAGUUUAAAAAGCAAAAAAAAAAAAAAAAACACAAAAACUAAACAAUGGUAAUCAUAUUGUAUAAUUGUUAAUGGCAUCAUUAACAACAUGUUUAUCUGUAAUCACUUGUCAGAUAUGCUAAAGUGUUACCAGUAUUAUUUAGGGUUAUACCAUGUAACAUACAUCUAGGGGUAACCCAAAAUGAAAACCUUAAGAUAAAAAAUACCUUACAAGGUAACAUUACAGAAUGAAUUCUAAGUAGUGAUUUUUUUUUUUUUUUAAAAGCACAAUGUUCUGUAUUUUUUUUUUUUUUUUAAUUUUAUUUUUUUACCUGUUUAGCUGGAAGGAACCGUUUUGGGAAAUGAUUUUUCCUACCAGCAGUGAAGUUGAUUGAGUCUGGACCUGUAGUGUUCAUUUCCAUCACUGUAGCUUAACAUAGAAGAAAAGGUAAAAAAAAAAAAUAAAACAUUAAAAACAAAACAAGUUAACUUUAGCCUUCAAUGUGUUUAGUAUCUGUGUGAAUAAUCCAUCCAGUCAAAACUUGAAAUUAAUAAAAAAAAAUACUGUGAAAAUAAAACAAAUCUAUGCCAUUCAAAAUGUACCCAGUGUUUUAUUAUAUAGAAAGUAGUGUGUGUGUGUGUAUGUAUGUAUGUAUA